UGUCUAUUUGGUUUUAUGAGUCAGUAACUGGGCUGUGGACAGCGAUGCAGACAGAGGGGGCAGUAAAGCGACGUCAUGUCUGCCAGCUGCCGUAAAUAGAAGAAGAAGAAGAACCUGUCGCAAAAGUAGCCGUUCUCCUCUGUCCUCAACACAUCCAUGGAAGUAGCAAAGCUAACGCUGGCGAGCUAACGUGGCUUCACCCGACACGACAUGCACAACGUCAACAGCGGGAGUCUCUCACGGCCAUAACUUUAUCCAGUGAAACUUCAAUCUGUUGUGAUGUCAGAGCCUAAAUCCCCCACUCCGACCCCUGGAGACACCUACAAGGGUUGGCUCUUCAAAUGGACUAACUACAUUAAAGGUUACCAGAGACGCUGGUUUGUUCUGAGCAAUGGACUUUUGUCUUACUACAGGACUCAGGCAGAGAUGGGUCACACAUGCCGAGGAACCAUCAACUUGGCCACAGCCAAUAUUGCUGUGGAGGACUCGUGCAAUUUUGUCAUUUCCAAUGGAGGUGCGCAGACCUACCACUUGAAGGCCAGCUCAGAAGUAGAGCGGCAGCGAUGGAUCACUGCUCUGGAGCUCGCCAAGGCAAAGGCAGUCCACAUGCAGGCUGAAUCUGAUGACUCGGGUGACGACUGUCCUGCAGCGCCCCCCACCUCAGGACAGAGUGGAGGCUGCCGUAACUUAGAAAUCCAGUCCACACUUCGCACACUCGGCAGCAAAGUGGAGGACCUCAACACCUGCAAUGAUCUCAUUGUCAAGCAUGGGUCUGCCCUCCAAAGGUCUUUGUCUGAACUGGAGGGGAUUCGUGUCGGAGCAGAAAUGGGGGAAAAGAUGAAACAAGUUACAGAGAGAUCCACACUGUUCAGGAUCACCUCUAAUGCCAUGAUUAAUGCAUGUAGAGACUUCCUCUCUCUGGCCCAGAGCCACAGUAAGCGCUGGCAGAAGGCCUUACAGGUUGAAAGAGACCAAAGGAUACGGCUGGAGGAGACUCUGGAGCAGCUGGCCAAACAGCACAAUCACCUGGAAAGAGCUUUCAGAGGCGCUACGGUUCUCCCCGCUUCAUUCAGCAAUCCCGCCUUAGCUAACAAAGGUAGUGCUUCAGUGAAAGGUGAUGCCAGUGACGAGGAUGAUGACAAUGAGUUCUUCGAUGCCAUGGAAGACCCAGCAGCGUUUAUCACUGUCCCUGCUGACCCCAAGUAUCACAGGAGAUCUGGCAGCAACGUCAGCGGGCUCAGCAAUGAGACUGGAAUGGACGAUCAGUCAGUUAAUUUUGAUGAACUGUCUUUGGCAUCCAACCCAGAGUCGCCACAGUCCCUUGAGCUAGAGCCUGUUAGACAAAGACGGACUCGUAUUCCCGACAAGCCCAACUAUUAUCUCAAUCUGUGGAGCAUCAUGAAGAAUUGUAUUGGAAAGGAGCUUUCAAAGAUACCAAUGCCUGUGAAUUUCAACGAGCCCCUCUCGAUGCUGCAACGUCUAUCUGAAGACCUGGAGUACUACGAGCUGCUGGAUAAGGCUGCUAAAUGUCAGAGCUCUCUAGAGCAGAUGUGUUAUGUGGCCGCGUUCACAGUCUCCUCCUACUCCACCACUGUCCACCGCACAGGGAAACCCUUCAAUCCUCUGCUGGGAGAAACAUUUGAGCUUGAUCGGCUAAAAGACUGUGGCUACCGCUCCCUCUGUGAACAGGUGAGUCACCACCCGCCUGCUGCAGCUCACCAUGCCAACUCUGAAAAGGGCUGGACCCUCAGACAAGAAAUUACCCUGGCCAGCAAGUUUAGAGGAAAAUAUCUCUCUAUCAUGCCUUUGGGUUCCAUCCAGUGUUUGUUUGAAAAGAGCAACAAUCACUACUCUUGGAAGAAAGUGACUACAACUGUACACAACAUCAUUGUUGGAAAGUUAUGGAUUGACCAGUCAGGGGAGAUAGAUGUGGUGAACCACAUGACAGGAGAUCGCUGCCACCUCAAGUUUGCUCCCUACAGUUACUUCUCGAGAGAUGUAGCAAGAAAGGUAACAGGAGUAGUAACAGAUAAGGAUGGGAAGGCCCAUUACGUGCUGUCGGGAACCUGGGAUGAGAAGAUGGAGUUUUCCAGGAUAAUGCAGAGCAGUAAAGGAGAGAACGGCACCGAAGGCAAACAGAGGACUGUCUAUCAGACCCUCAAAGCCAAAGAAAUCUGGAAGAAGAACCCCUUACCAGAGGGAGCCGAGAACAUGUACUUCUUCUCCUCGCUGGCCUUGACGCUCAACGAGCCUGAAGAGGGAGUGGCGCCAACCGACAGUCGACGACGCCCGGACCAGAAGUUAAUGGAGGACGGCCGUUGGGAUGAGGCAAACGCCGAGAAACAGAGGCUGGAAGAGAAACAGCGCAUCGUCCGCCGAGAAAGAGAGAGGGAGGCUGUUAAAGCAGCCACCUCACCGGAGGAAGCUGUCACUGAGGAUUCAAUCAAUGAUUCACCCUCGAAAAGCAAGUAUUCUUAUCUUAGUCUCUUUUCCCACCCUUGAUUAACGAUGUAUGUUAGUUUUCGAUGCAAAGCAACACGGGUACAAAAUGUUUGUGUAUGUAACGGGAAGGCGCUUUAUUUCUUCUACAUCAUCUUUCAAAUACUUGUACCAUCCCUUCAUCCAUUUCUGUUCCAUUUAGCUGAUGCAGUGGAGACUGGCACAGAAGCAAAUGAGGUUUCUGAUGAAAGCAAGUAUCACUUCGUAGCUCAACAUAAUAUAUACUUUUAAGGUGCUUUGUGUAGCAUCUUAAGGGGGAAAUGUAGGUGUUUUUAAGUGGGGUUGCAUGAGGUACUCAGUCGAGGCAGACAGGAGUACCAGCACGGGAACAAACAAUGUACUGCUGAGGACGGUGGCAGCAGCAAAACGUAUAUAAGCCACCUAAAAGAAAGGUCCAACAAAAUAAAAAUAAAACAUCAGUGUAAAUGUACACUAUAUUUGGUGUAUUUUUACUGCUUUAUCUUGACAGUCCUUUCGGACAGGAAACUGAACUGAGUUUUACUUUGACUUCAGUUCCCCUUUUGAAAAAAUAUUCUAGAUAAAGCGUACACUUAAAUUUUUUUUAGGUGGGCCUUUCUUUUAGUUGGCUAGAACACCUUUUGCUGCUGCCCCUAUCUAAAGCAGUACAUUACUUUGCUCCCGUGCUGGUACUCCUGUCUGUUUCUCCAAUCUGGGAGCGUGUUGACCGCCAUCUACUGCAGCUAAUCCACUGACUACUGAUAACCUCAUUCAACCCCACUUCAGAAAGACCAAGCUAUCCCUUUAAGAGAGCAGUGAGUAGGACAUGACCACGUAUAACCGUUGGUGGUUGAAAGGCUUGUUUCUCAAUAAUAGUGACUUGACAGUUACUCAAACCACUGCUGAUGUUUCUGGAGAAAUAACUUUUUAUCACAUGCUGUUCGGGAAAAGGACGCUCAUGAUUCCCUCAUUAGUUAUUUUUAACUUGUUCAUGGUGGACAGAGCAACAAGUGAGAGGUUAACAGAGACUCGAUACCACUUUGACCUCACUACAUUAUUUACCAUUCAUCGUUAUAUAUAUAUAUAUAAUUUAUUUAAACAACUGAGAUCAGCACUGCAGAAUAUUAGUAGCUUAUAUCAGCCUAUACACUCCCACCAAGUCAAAUUAAAUUAGAAAUCACCUGUAAUAUUGUCAAAAAAAAUUACAUUUCUUUGUAACAGAAAGUUAGUUAUUAGUUGCGUUUUUGACAAUAAGUAUAUUUAGCUGUCAUGGUAUUUUGCUUAAAAAUGCUACACACAGCACUUCUAAAAUAAAUUCAGUAUUUGUGUGGCUUUUGGAUACUGAUUGAGUUGUAGAUUCACAUCUUUUUUUUUGGCUGAUGUUAAGCUGACACAGAGGACUCUCCACCCCAUACACCUGUUGCAUGCAAGUAGCUUCUUUCAUUUAAUUUGCUGUGUCUCGUUGUAUCAUUCAUCUUCUGAUCAUACCUAACCUUUUAUGUCUGAACUCUCAAAGAUUCAUCCUUAAUUCUUCUAUUUUCAGCCCCUUAUGGACCAUCACUCUCCCCAUAUCUAAGCAAGUAUUGUGAUGAUGACAUAACACAUACUCUGCAAUUACCUAUUUAGUAUGAUCUCGAUUAAGAAGCCUUCUGUUAACAAUGUCCCCUUUACAUCCAACUUGGUCUCUCUUAGUGGAAGGCAAUGAAGGUCCUUAUGGAGCUCAAAUCAAAAGCAAGUAACAUCAGUGUUGCUCCCCGUUAUCCCCUGUUUUAUUUUAUUUAGACUUGUGUUGGUAGUCUUUAGGGAACCUUGUAGAAAACUGUAGAAUUGGCCCAAACCUAGUACUUGAAUAUUUUAGAGUAGCAUUUUGUCUGUCAUUGCUCCGUUUACUGUGGUCCUGGGCAUUAGUUGUGAGUCUGAUUCUCCCCAUAUGUAGCAGAGGAGCAAAUUAGUGAUUUAAUGGAGUUCUCAUCUAUAAUUUGCCAUCUUUUGUUUGCGGUUUCGGUCCACCCAUCUGAGGGCAUAUCGGCUUGAUUUAAGCAUGGUGUGUCGUCUUGGCUCCGUGGCUUCUUCAACCCUCACCGCUGGUCCAGCUAAAGCUUCUUCUUUGUUAAAGAUGUUUCUCUCCUUU